AACAUAUUGGGAAAGGCCAGCAAGUCCAAGCUCACAAUAUUUGAACAGUUCGAAUUUGUCUCUAUCUGUUAUUGUUGUUUUGGAAUCAAAAAUUCCAAUUGAAAUUGAAGAUUCUAAGGUCUUUUCUUUACUUAAGGAUGUCUUCUUGCCUAUAAAUCCACGUUUUUCCUCAAUCAUGGUCACAGAAAAGAAAGGUGCGAGGAAAUGGAAGCAAGUUGAAGUAAACAUUGAAGACCAUGUAAAAAACCCAAUAUUUCCAGCUGAACAAUCACUUAUUUUCUACGACGAAUAUUUUUCCAAUUACCUAUCAAAAUUAUCAAUGGAUCCAUUCCAACAAAAUAAACCAUUAUGGGAAAUUCACUUAUUAAAAUACCCAACAAGUAACGCAGCUGGAAAUUUAAUUUUCAGGUUACAUCAUUCACUUGGAGAUGGAUAUUCAUUAAUGGGUGCACUUCUUUCUUGUUUACAAAGAGUUGACAAUCCAUCACUUCCUUUAACAUUUCCUUCACGUCAAAGGACAAUUUUGAGUACAAAAAAUAAAGCUAUUAAUAUUGUGAAAUGUGUACCUAAUGUUAUUAUGAAGCUGGUUAAUACUGUUCAAGAUUUUGGGUUGAGUGUUCUGAAAAGUACGUUGAUCGAAGACGAUCGGACGCCGAUAAGAUCAGGUGAUGACGGAGUUGAAUUCCGGCCGAUUGAGAUUGCUACUACAACGUUUUCUUUAGAGAGCAUCAAGCAGAUCAAGGCCAAUCUCAAAGUGACAAUAAAUGACGUGAUUACUGGAGUAGUAUUAUACGGCACAAGACUUUACAUGCAAGGAAUAAACAAAGAAACUAGCAAUGGAAAAUGUACUGCACUGGUUUUAUUCAACACUAGAGCUGUUGGAGGUUACAAAUCAGUAAGUGAAAUGAUUAAACCUAAUUCAGAAAUGCCAUGGGGAAAUCAUUUCACUUUCUUGCCUGUUUCACUGCCCAAAUUAACUUCCACUGAUUCACUUAAUCCUCUUGGAUUUGUUCAAAAUGCCCGUCGUAUUAUUAAGAGGCAAAGGAAUUCUGCAUCUGUUUUUCUCACUGGUAGGCUGCUUGAAAUCUUGAGAAAAGUUGAAGGUCCUGAGACAACAGCUAAAUAUAUUCAUGCAACGUUGAAGCACACGAGCAUGGGAAUUACAAAUCUGAUUGGACCAUUGGAAGAUAUGGCUUUGGCAAACCACCCUAUAAAAGGACUUUACUUUGCUGUUGCUGGUGCUCCUCAGAGUCUAUCAGUGACAAUGGUGAGUUAUGUGGACAAGCUUAGAGUUGCAAUUGUAGUGGAGAAAGGCUUUAUAGAUCCAAACAAGUUAAAGUCUUGUAUUGAGUAUUCCUUUGGUACCAUCUUCAAUGCAGCAGUACUGAAGCCAUCAACUGUGGAGAUAUAGGAGCAAGUAUACAAGCUCGUACAAGUGUUUUUUUGUUUUUUGUUUUUUCAAUUCAAUUUUCGUAUUUUAAGUAUUUCGCUUUUUUUUUUUUUUUUCCGUGUGUUUUAAGUAUUUCUCUUUUUUUUCCCGUGUUUUAAGUAUUCUGGGUUUUUUAAAUCAUACCAAAUAAAUUUAAAUCAAAUUCAUAUUAAUUUAUCUCUUAUUCAAUGUA